AUGGCUUCCAAACAAGCUAAAAGGAAAGAAGUGCAUCGGAUCAAUUCCGCCCAUGGAUCAGAUAAAUCUAAAGAUCUCUACCAUUUUGGCAGCAAUGUGCCACCGGGCUCUUCUGAACAGAAGAAGGGAAAGUUCCCGAUCUGGCCGGAGUGGAGCGAGGCAGACAUAAAUGCUGAAAAGUGGGAUGCAGGCAAAGGCGGGAAGGAGAAGGACAAGACCGCCAAGAGCCCCAUCUUUCACUUUUUCGAAGACCCUGAGGGAAAGAUUGAAUUACCACAGUCAUUGAAAGUAUUCUCCUGGAAACGUCCGCAAGAUUUUAUAUUUAGCAGAACUCCUGUAGUUGUGAAAAAUGAAAUCACCUUUGACUUAUUUUCAGCAAAUGAGCAUUUACUCUGCAGUGAGCUUAUGCGGUGGAUUAUCAGCGAAAUCUAUGCUGUGUGGAAGAUAUUCAAUGGCAGCAUUCUGAGCAAUUACCAUAAGGGAAAUCUGGGAGAAGUUCCUAUUCUGCCCUGGAAACCCUGGGAACACAUAUACUCUCUCUGCAAGGCUGUGAAGGGUCACAUGCCUUUGUUCAACAGCUACGGGAAGUAUGUCGUCAAGCUUUACUGGAUGGGUUGCUGGAGAAAGAUAACAGUGGAUGACUUCCUGCCAUUUGAUGAGGAAAAUAAUCUCUUGCUUCCAGCUACAUCCUAUGAAUUUGAACUCUGGCCGAUGCUACUGUCGAAAGCUAUCAUUAAGCUGGCAAAUGUUGACAUCCAUGUAGCACACAGGAGAGAGCUAGGAGAACUCACAAUAAUCCACGCUCUGACUGGGUGGUUACCUGAAGUCAUCCCCCUUCAUCCAGCGUAUGUGGACAAAGUUUGGGAGCUCUUGAAGGAAAUCCUGCCUGAGUUUAAGCUCACGGAAGAGCCCAGUUCUGAAAACAAAAUCACAAUGAUAGACAACAAACUAAAGGAAGUCACGAAAGAGAACAAGGACGGCAAGGACCUCAAAGACGCCAAGGACAUGAAAGAUGCCAAGGACAUGAAAGAUGCCAAGGACAUGAAAGAUGGCAAGGACAUGAAAGAUGGCAAGGACAUGAAAGAUGAGAAAGCAGAUGCAAGAGACCUUGGGAAGAAGAAUAAGAAGGAUGGAGAGAAGGAGAAGGAAAGAUUCAAAUUUUCACUCCAUGGUUCGAGACCCUCAUCAGAUGUUCAGUACUCUAUGCAGUCCUUGUCUGAGUGUUCCUCAGCAAUACAGUCCCCUCACAUGGUUGUAUAUGCCACCUUUACACCACUCUAUUUGUUUGAAAACAAAAUCUUUACAUUAGAGAAGAUGGCGAAUUCUGCGGAGAAACUUAGGGAAUAUGGUCUUUCUCACAUCUGUAGCCAUCCUGUGCUGGUGACCAGAAGUAGGUCUUGCCCUCUUGUGUCACCCCCCAAACCUCCUCCCUUACCUGCCUGGAAACUCAUUCGCCAUAAAAAGGAAACAGUGAUAACGGAUGAAGCUCAAGAUGCUGUCCCGAAGAAGCCUGAGCAGUUCCUUGAGAUUUCGAGUCCAUUUUUGAAUUAUAGAAUGACUCCAUUUACGAUUCCAACAGAAACACAUUUUGUCCAAUCUGUCAUUAAGAAAGGAACACCGCUGGGAUCCAGUCUUCCUCCCCUCGUGGAGAAUGAUUUAGCUGCAAGUACCAGCCAAGGGGAAGUGAGCACAAUAAAUGGAAACCAGUCUCAGGGCAAUAUUGCAUUGCAAAUUAUACUUGGAAAAGAGGAACCUUCAGAGCCUGCCUUGGCAGACUUCCACCAACUUGAGGCUAUUAGUGUAGAGAGGGAUUUGAUCAGCCUGACUACAGCAACGCAGGACAAGUCACAGGAAGAGUUAGCAAUAAACGAAGGGGUUGCCAAAGAAAUAUGGCUAGACUUCGAAGACUUUUGUGUGUGCUUUCACCAUAUAUAUAUUUUCCACAAGCCAACUUCUUAUUGUCUUAAUUUUCAAAAAUCAGAAUUCAAGUUUGUGGAAGAGCGGGUGCCUUACUAUCUAUUUGUGGACAGCCUGAAGCCUAUCGAACUACUGGUUUGCUUUUCUGCUUUGGUGCGCUGGGGGGAAUCUGGAGCCUUAACCAAAGAUAGCCCUCCUGUGGAGCCUGGACUCCUGACAGCUGAAGCCAUCACCUGGAAGUCCCUGAAGCCUCUUAGUGUUGUUCUGAGGGUUCACACAUAUGCGACGAAGGCCAGCAUGGUGCGCCUGCCUGCCGGGCGGCAUAUGCUGCUCUUCAACGCAUAUUCCCCUGUGGGGCAUGCCAUACAUGUCUGCAGCAUGACAACGUUUGUCAUUGGGGAUGAAGAUAUUGUACUGCCCAACUUUGAGCCGGAGAGCUAUCGAUUUACAGAACUGUCUAUAAUAAUUAUGAAGGCUAUUGGCAACGUGAUUGCUAAUUUCAAAGACAAAGGUAAAUUGCCUGCAGCUCUGAGGGAUCUGCAAGCAACUCACUACCCUAUCCCCCUCAACAACAAAGAGCUCACUGCUCAACACUUCCGGGUUUUCCAUAUAUCAUUGUGGCGUUUAAUGAAAAAAUCUCAAGUAGCCAAGCCUCCUUUAAACUUCAAGUUUGCGUUUCGGGCUAUGGUUUUUGACACGGACUUACUGGAUUCUUUCUCAGAGGAUGUUUCUUUAGCGGAAUGGGUGGACUUUAAAUAUUCUACGCCAAUAAACGAGAAGGAGUAUACUUCCGAGGAAAUAGCUGCUGCAGUGAAAAUUCAAUCUAUGUGGAAAGGUUGCUAUGUCAGACUGCUCGUGAAAGCCAGAACGCCAGAAACAAAGGAAAAUCUCACUGUUGCAGAUACACUUCAGAAAACGUGGGCAGUGUUAGAGAUGAAUUUGGAGCAAUAUGCAUUGUCUCUCUUAAGACUAAUGUUUAAAAGCAAGUGUAAGUCUAUGGAAUCCUACCCAUGCUAUCAAGAUGAAGAAACCAAGUUGGCCUUUGCUGACCACACCGUGAACUAUGCAGACCAGCCACCGAAUUCUUGGUUCAUAGUAUUCAGAGAAAUAUUUUUGGUUCCUCAAGAUAUGAUCAUACUCCCCAAAGUAUACACUACACUCCCGAUCUGUAUAUUGCAUGUCAUUAACAAUGACACAUUGGAGCAGGUGCCGAAGGUGUUUCAGAAAGUGGUGCCUUACCUUUACACCAAGAACAAGAAGGGAUACACAUUUGUGGCUGAAGCGUAUACUGGUGACACAUUCGUAUCAGGCGCACGAUGGAAACUGCGGCUCAUUGGCUCUUACAACCCACUCCCGUUUCUCGCCCGUGACUCGCUGUGCAACACCUUCUCCAUAAAGGAAAUCAGAGAUUACUAUAUUCCUAACGACAAGAAAAUCCUGUUCAGGUACUCCAUUAAAGUGACAGUGGCACAGUCUAUUACAAUCCAGGUCCGCACAUCCAAACCUGACACCUUCAUCAGGCUGCAGGUGCUCGAAAGUGAGGAGGUGAUCACAAGCACCAUGGGCAAAGGGCAAGCCGUCAUCCCGACCUUCUACUUCCUUGGAAAUGAAAAGGCCUUGAGCUCCCAGUCUAGCAAGCAAGUUCUCUUAUCUCACCCCUCACCUAAGAAAGAUUCAGAAGUACUGACCAAGAAAAAAUCUGGCCAACCAAGUCAGAAAUCCUUCAAAGGAAGACCUGGAGGUGGACUAACAGACACAGGAAUGCCCCUGCUGGAAGAAGAAGUUUUGAACAUACCCAUUAUAGAAGAAAAUUCUAGCACACCACAACAGUGCUAUAAGUACAUAAUACAGUGCCUGGUGUUGUUUAACAGCUGGCCUCUAAAUGAAACUCAGCUGACAUUUGUUCAAGCACUAAAAGACAUGGAGAAAAUUGAUAUCAAAGAGAAACAUGAAGAACCAGCUCCUAUGGGAAGCCCAGAUUUCCAUGCAGUCAGUGAAGGGCAGAAAUCUGUAGGAAUGCCCAAAACAACCCGGAAAGGCAAGGAGAAGUCUGCCGAGAAAGAAAAGUUAGCCAAGGAAAAGCAAGCUCCGAGAUUCGAACCUCAGCAAGUACAAAUGCCUACUGCUGUUCACUCUCAGCAAGAGGAUCCAAACAAACCCUACUGGAUCUUGCGGCUGGUCUCUGAACACACCGACUCAGACUAUGUUGACGUAAAAAAGGACACAGAACGAGCAGAUGAAAUACGGGCCAUGAAGCAAGCUUGGGAGACGACUGAACCCGGGAGGGCCAUCAAGGCUGCUCAAGCCCGUUUGAAGUACCUGACCCAAUUCAUUAAGAAGCCAGCCGCCUCUGACACCACCACCUCCGCCCCCAGCCCUGAGACUUUGACUGUGAGUCAGAGCCAAACUAAAUCCUCAGAGGAAGGAGAACUAGGUACUGGGAAAGAUGCAGACUUCAAAGAAGUGCAACCAACCGCAGCAGGAAGUGUGCUGUGGAAGAAGUGGCAACUGACCAAGACCAUCACCACUCUGUCAAAAUUCACAAGCAGUGAGAGUUCAUCGAAGGAAGAGCUGCCACCACGGAAGGAGAUCCCCGUGGUCCGACAACGAUCUCCAACAAUUUUGGAAACAUCUCCACAACAAAUUCGUAAAGCACUAGAGUUUUUGGAUUUCAGUCAUUAUGUACGGAAAACUACUGCGGAGGCUGUGCUGCAGACAGAGGAACUGAAUAAGCAGCAAGCGAUGCAGAAGGCAGAGGAAAUCCACCAGUUCCGGCAGUACCGCUCCCGUAUUCUCAGCAUCAGAGACAUUGAUCAAGAAGAACGCUUUAAGCAAAAGGAUGAGGUUCUGGAAAUGUAUGGGGAGAUGCGGGACUCUGUAGAUGAAGCCCGACAGAAGAUCCUUGAUAUCCGGGAAGAAUACCGGAACAAGCUGCUGGAGGCUGAGCGCUUGAGGAUGGAGGCCUUGGCAGCUCAGGAAGCUGCAGUGAAGAUGGAGAUAGAGAAGAAGUCUCCAGCUUCUGACUCACAGAAGAAGAAGAAAGGAGGAAAGAAAAAGUAA